AUGGCACAAGAUGUGACAAUGGAGGACCUGGAUUCCUUUAAGGAAGUCUCUAAGAAAACCAAAGACAAGAAGAAAAAGAAACCUGCUCGGGAGUCAGAGGGGAAGACGGCCAAAGAGAAUAAAAAAGAGAGAAAGGAAAAGAAGCAAAAGACGAAGGAUGGAAGUGGUGAAACGAAGGGCGACAAGGAGAGCAAAGAAGACAUGAAGAAGAAAGGCAAGAACGAGACAAAGAAUCAAUCUGAAUCCCAAAAAGAAGUUGACCUCCCCAGUUCCAUUACUGUGAAAGCGGAGCCUGAAGAUGAAGACUUUGUGUCUGUAAAGAAGAAGGAUAAGCAAGGGAAAAAGAGGGCACGGCAGGAAGAGGCUACUGAAGACCCCGCCAUCAAGUCGAAGAAGAAAAAAAUAAAGAUUGAGAAAGAUAAAGAGCAGCCGGCAAAGGAGAAAAGCAAACAAGACGGGAAGGUAGGGGGCUGCUGA